ACUACAUAUAUUUUCUUCCAACCAUUUCUUUUUAUUUUUUAAUUUCUUGUGUUAUUGGAAGAUGGAUUUGCUAAAGAUUCAGCUGACAACGUUAAGAUGGAUCAUAAUGAUGACACUGAUGCUGAGAAUAGGAGAAUCGAUGAGACUGGAUCUGGAAUCAGGCAUCACCAAAUGCAUCUCCGACGACAUCAAAAUAAAUUAUAUGACUGUAGGAAAUUACUCCGUCGUCAAUCCCAACGAAGCUCUGCAUCUUCCUGCUUCCCACAAAAUAUAUGUUACUGUGACGUCGCCUAAAGGGCACAGUCAGCAUCAUGCAGAAAAUGUGGAGUCUGGAAAAUUCGUUUUCACGGCGAUGGAAAGCGGCGAUUACACAACGUGUUUUGUGGCUCUCGGUUUUAGACCUACGGCCAAGUUCGCAGUUGAUUUCGAGUGGAAAAGUGGCGUGGAGGCUAAAGAUUGGGCCACCAUCGCCAAGAGAGGCCAGAUCAACAUGCUGGAGGUGGAGGUGAGGAAACUACUAGACGUGACAGAAUCUAUACACGACGAAAUGUUUGAACUCCGGGAAAGGGAACGGGAAAUGCAGGAGCUAAAUCGAUCGACAAACUCGAGAAUGGCUGCUCUAAGUUUACUGUCAUUCGUGUUUACGUUGUCAGUCGCUUGUCUACAACUAUGGCAUCUCAAGUCAUUCUUGGAAAGGAAGAAGCUUCUCUAAUUGUUGGGGGUGGAUUUACAUCCUCACUCAAGGCCCAUUAGACAAUAAAUUAGGUCCAUUUUACUAUGAAGCCCUAGCUUCUUCCCUGUAUAAAUAAAGAGAUACCUCUCUUUAUCAAGGAAUCUUUUCUUCUAUAUUUUAGACCUAGAACACUUCUUACAAAGGGUUUAUGGAUUAUUAGAUUUAUUUACACUUGUAAUCCUACAUGUAAUACAAUCUUAAAUCAAUAAACUCUUUUGAUGUUCAUUUCUCA